CUGAAAAGCAAUUGGGGCUUGUUCAUUUCCAAACAUUGCAUUGCAUUGCAGGGCGCUUGCAGCAUUGCAGGGACCGCGUUAUAGAUUGUUCUUUGCUGCAAGUGAGAGAUUCAGCAACAGAAGAAACCCUUCCGCAUCUGCAAAUCACUUUGAGAUUUUUCUACUACUUUAUUUUAAGUGCUGCGCCGCCGUUGCGAUGGAAGAUCUCAAUCUCAACACGCCGCUGGAGGCAGGGGACGACGAGAUGGACACCGCUGCCUGGGAGCCAGAGAAAGAGGGCACCGAGAUCAAACUCACGGAUGACGGGGGUGUGAAGAAGAAGAUUCUGAAGAAAGGAGAGGGCUACCUCAUGCCGGAGACUGGCGAUGAGGUCACCGUGCAUUAUACUGGCACCCUGCUGGAUGGAACAAAGUUUGAUUCAAGCAGAGAUAAAGACCGCCCGUUCUCUUUCACCCUGGGCAAAGGCCAAGUUAUCAAGGGCUGGGACACCGCCGUUGCGACCAUGAAGAAGGGCGAGCGCGCCAUGCUUACGAUCGAGUCCCAGUAUGCCUACGGCGACGCCGGCGCGGGCGACUCCAUCCCCCCCAACUCGACGCUCAACUUUGACGUCGAGCUCCUGUCCUGGAAGAGUGUGAAGGAUAUUACGGGAGACGGGGGAGUCAUUAAAACGGUGGUGGCGGAAGGGAAGGGCUAUGAGAAGCCGAACGGGCCGGACGAGGUUCUGGUCAACUACACGGUGAAGGCAGGGGGGGAAGUUGUGGAGGAGACCAAGGAAGGGGGUUUGGAGUUCUCGCUGGAGGACGCCAGUGCUGUGCCCCCCGCCGUCAGCAAGGCGGUGGCCACGAUGAAGAAGGGCGAGAAGGUGUCCCUGCAGGUGGCGCCAAAGUACGCGGCCCGCCCCGGCGAGGUGCAGAGCAAGGGCGUCACCAUUGACCUGGAACUGGUCUCCUGGAAAACGGUUUCCAAGGUGUCGGAAGACAAGAAGGUGAUGAAGAAGAUUCUCGAGGAGGGCCCCAACUUCGAGAAGCCCGGCGAGUUCGCAAAGGUCAAGAUCGCGUACGAAGCGCGCCUGCCGGACGGCACCGUCUUCGACCGGCGGGAAGCGGAUGACGCUUUCGAGUUCACGACCGGCGAAGAGGAGACGAUCACCGGGCUAGACUUGGCAGUGCAAGCCAUGAAGAAGGACGAGAAGGCGGUGGUCAGCAUCGCACCGGAGUACGCGUUUGGAGCGGAGAUCGUGGAUAAAGACGGCUUCUUGGCGCCUGUGCCAGGAGGUUCGAGCGUGGAGUACACUGUGACGCUGCUGGAGAUGACCAAGGACAAGGAGUCGUGGGACCUAAAGGAGACACCGGAGAAGCUGGCGGAGGCGGGCGUCAAGAAGGAGGCCGGCAAUGCGCUGUUCAAGGCUGGCAAGUACGAGCGCGCCUGCAAAAAGUACGACAAGGGGUUGAGCUACAUUGAGUACGACAGCGCAUUCUCGGACGCGGAGAAGAAAGCGAGCAAGGCGCUCAAGGCGAGCAUGCACGGCAACAAGGCGGCCGCGGCGCUCAAGCUGCGCGACUGGAACGCCGCCAUCAAGGCCGCGUCGAAAGUGCUGGAACUGGAGCCGGUGAACGUGAAGGCGCUCUUCCGGCGCGCGCAGGCGUACCGCGAAACGGAAGACUACGAUUUAGCGGAAGCGGACCUGAAGCGGGCAAUGGAAUACGAGCCGGCCAACAGGGAUGUGCGCGCGGAGUACAAGGUGCUGAAGCAGAAGUGGGCGACGUACCAGAAGCGCGAGGCCGCGCUCUACAGCAACAUGUUCAAGCCGCUCAAAACGGAGCCCAAGCCGCAUUCAAACGGAACGAAAGUCGCGGAAGCUCCUGCUGUGAGCGCGGUGCAUGACGUUGAGGCUCCCCUUGGGGCAGCACCCAUGGACACGACCACCGGUGCGGCAGAUGAAGCAGGCUACUUGUAGGACCAGAUCGUGUCUAGAAGGAUACAAAAACGUUGAGAAAUGAGGACCGUUUUGACAGAACAUGAGCGCCUCGACUCCAGCUCUGACGGACAAUGAAGUACGUAGUUGGUUGCUUCGAAUGUCGCACAGCUACUUAAACAUGCAUGUACCAUCGACAUGCAAGGCAAGCUUCGACUUAGUAUUAGUCCUACUGUCCCUCCACUGAUAAGUCAUUCGUAAUACAAUUUCGCAGUACUCUGCAAUCCGCGUCAGCACCAGCAUCAUAAACUUGAAUUGAAGGACGACAUGAUCGGUGAGCUGAAAUUAAUUGAUUGCAACCAUCCGGAGA